GAAACUACGACAAAGCUAUAGAAUUUUACAAAAAAGCUCUAGAAAUUCGAAAACAAUCUUUUGGUCCAAAUCAUAGUGAUGUCGCUGCUUCUUUAUACAGUCUCAGUUUGCUUUAUGAUAAAACAGGAAAACACGACAAAGCUAAAAAAGUUUUUGAAGAAUCUCUAGAAGUUCGAAAACUGAAUGUGCCAGGUGAAGACCAUACUGAUGUCACUGAAGAAACUGAAAAAUAUGAGUCUGAGAAAACUCAGAGUAUAUUUCUAGUUCCAAGUCAUGCUCAUAUUUCUCUGUCAUCAAAAUAUUUUGGACUCACAAGUGGUGAUGAUGGUAAUGCUAAAGAUGUCGGAAAUUCUCCUGUUGUUGAAAUUACAAAACAAGAAUCAAAGUUGCAAGAGUGGAAAUACAAUGAUAAAUCAAAGAAGCAUAAAAAAAUGUUUUCAAAUCUGCUUAAACGUACACGCGAUGACAGUGUCCAGGUUGAACAAGUGAGUGAUGUACGUGUGAUUUUUUCGGACGAUUUUUGCAUCGGAAAAGGAAGUAACGAGACCCGUGUUUUUCUUGGACUGAGAAAAGAUGGUUACGGCAAAGCAGUGAAACGAAUACGUCGAGACAACUGCAUGAAGCUUGCACAGAAAGAAAAAGAAAUUUUAAAUCAAUUCAACGCAAAGAGAUCAAAAUAUGUUGUGAAUUAUUCCUUCUUAGAAGAAGAUACUGGAACGGAGUAUGUCUAUUUAAUAUUAGACUUAUGUGAAGAAUCGUUGGAGAGUUAUGUGAAAUCUUCUACUUUGGAAGAUCUUCAAAACGCUCUUCCCGAAAUUCUCAGACAAAUUUUGCAAGGAUUAGCUGAUCUUCAUAGUGGCGAAAAUCCUAUUAUUCAUCGGGACUUAAAGCCUACCAAUGUUCUCCGAGACUCACAAGACAACUUUCUGAUAGCUGACUUUGGCAUUAGUCAAAUAUUGAAUAAAGAUUGUACGACAUAUGAAAGCAGUCCUAACACAGGAACGGAGUAUUGGAUUGCUCCUGAAUCAUAUUGUGAAAAGGAAGAUUUUGUUGAUAAAGGACGGUACAAGAAAGAGUCUGAUAUAUAUAAUGCAGGAAUGGUAACUUAUUAUAUUGCAACAAAAGGAAAACACCCUUUUGGAACGAAACGGCUUAGAUUGGACAAUAUGUUAAAAGGAAACCCUGUUGGUUUGGAUGAAAUCGAGGAUGAAACACUAAAGGACCUUCUGUCGUGGAUGUUAAAUCUAAAACCUGAAAACAGACCAUCGGCUACCGUGGCGUUAAAACACCCAUUUCUUAUGUCGGAUGACGAGAAAUUUGACUUAUUAUGUAAAGUUGGAAAUCUUCAGCAGAUUAAGACAAAUGAUCCCUGUGUAGUGUCGUUCAACAAUUGAAUAGUGAAUCCUCAGAUUGGAAAAGUAAAAUAGACAGUGAUGUUUAUGAUUAUUUUAGAACAGACGUGGUGACUGGAAAGAUUUUUACAUAUGACUCUUCAUGGACAGAAUGUUUAAGACUUAUUCGAAAUAUUAACCAACAUUGGAACGAUCGACCACGGCCAAAGCCUCAACCAGAACCAUUUUAUAAGAUUGGCGAUCACAAGGCGUAUAUUCUCAAAAAAUUCCCUAAUCUCCCUAUUCGAGUGCAUGCUUCUGUGAGGUGCAAUGUAGAAGUGAAAAACAAUCCAGAUCUCAAGAACUUUUUCAAUUUCAGUGAAAAGAAACCACAUCAAAAAUAAACAGUUUUUAUACAGUAAAAACAGUUUGUGAAAAGGCAAGUGAACAGGAAAGAUACCGUGUAAAAUGAAAUUUACUCAGAUUGGAAAAGACAAAUAAAUUUUUUACGUAUAUGAUUAUUUUGAUUGUUGGCUUUUAUUGACAGAUCGAUUGAUUGCGACCGGCACUAAAACCAUCCAUUUUAUAAAGUCGAUGAUCCUAAGGAGUUCUUUUUGAAAUCCCAGUUCGGGUACGUGCGGCUGUCUGAUGUAAUGACGAAUUGAAAAACAACCCAGAACUUAAGAACUUUUUCAGUUUUUAAUGAAAGCGAACCACAAUGAAAAGUUUACUGACAGGAAAACAAGUAAGAAAUCAACGAUACGGUAGUUAAAUGUUUUAUUUUAUAGAUGUAAAGUAGCAAAACACUUUUCACGACGUAUUUGGAUGAUGUAUAAUCACAUUUCUGCAUCCAGCUUACAUUAUUGAAUAAUAUAAUAUCUGAUUAUUUAAAUUUUAUUCUCAAUUGCUUUUGUUGAAGACGCAUGACAUUUAAAGUCAACUUUAUAAAAUACAUAAUAAAACUCUUAUACGAUAGUAAA